AUCAGUGUUUUUCAACCUUGCCAACCUUUAAAAUAUGUAGACUUUAAUUCUCAGAAUUCCCCAGCCAGCUUGCUCAAUCAAGUUUUUUGAACUAUUUAGAUUAUUGCAAGAGGAAUUUGGAUGUGAAAUGACAGGAUGGUCAACUGAAACAUCUUUUCAUUUUACAAUUAGAUCCAGAUGCAUAAGCAGCAUCUAAAAUUCUUGGAUAAUUUUCAGAACUGAUAUGUUCCUUUCAUGUGGGUUCCUCAUGGGUGUAAAUCCAAAAGAGUUGAUUUCCUUGUUCCUUGUUUUAUGUAUAAUAAGAAUGGGAGGAGAGGAUAAAAGUGUAGGCGAGAAGGUUAGGGUAUAAAAGCCUUCUCCAGUGCAUUUUCUCGACACGUGAAUCAAAGUGUUUUGAGCACUUUGCUUAGCAUCAGUAACUUUUCUUCCAAGCAUUGCCAUCCACAGUCUUCAAGCCAAUAAGAUGAAUGUCUUCUUUAUGUUCUCACUGCUAUUCUUGGCUGCCUUGGGAAGCUGUGCAGAUGACAGAAACCCCAUAAAUGAAUGCUUCCGAGAAACUGACUAUGAAGAAUUUCUAGAGAUCGCCAGAAAUGGUCUGAAAGCGACAUCAAACCCAAAACAUGUUGUGAUUGUAGGUGCAGGAAUGGCUGGGCUUAGUGCAGCCUAUGUUCUUGCAGGGGCUGGACAUCAGGUGACAGUUCUUGAAGCCAGUGAAUGUGCGGGAGGACGAGUGCAGACUUAUCGAAAUGACAGAGAAGGCUGGUAUGCCAAUCUCGGGCCCAUGCGUUUACCUGAGAAACACAGGAUUGUCCGGGAAUAUAUCAGAAAGUUUGGUCUGCAGUUGAAUGAAUUUUUUCAGGAAAAUGAGAAUGCAUGGUAUUUUAUCAAAAACAUCAGGAAGAGAGUAUGGGAAGUCAAGAAAGACCCUGGCGUCUUAAAAUAUCCAGUGAAGCCUUCAGAAGAAGGCAAAAGCGCUGGACAGCUAUAUCGAGAGUCCCUCCAAAAGGUUGUAGAAGAUUUAAAAAGGACUAACUGCAGCUACAUACUAAAUAAAUAUGACACCUACACAACGAAGGAAUAUCUACUUAAAGAAGGAAAUCUGAGUCGUGGAGCUGUAGAUAUGAUUGGAGACUUACUGAAUAAAGAUUCUGGCUAUUAUUUGUCUUUUAUUGGGAGCCUGAAAAAUGAUUAUGUCUCUUCUGAUGAAAAAAGAUAUGAUGAAAUUGUUGGUGGAUUUGAUCAGUUGCCUAUAUCCAUGUAUCGAGCCAUUGAGGAAAAGGUGCAUUUCAAUGCCCGAGUAAUCAAGAUACAGCAGAAUGCCAAGAAAGUCGCAGUGACAUAUCAAACCCCAGCAAAGAACUUGUCAUAUGUGAUAGCUGAUUAUGUCAUUGUGUGCUCAACGUCAAGGGCCACCCGUCGCAUCAAGUUUGAACCACCCCUUCCGCCAAAGAAAGCGCAUGCUUUGCGGUCUGUCCACUUCAAAAGUGGCACCAAGAUCUUCCUCACUUGCACUAAGAAAUUUUGGGAGGAUGAUGGCAUUCAUGGUGGGAAGUCCACAACUGAUCUUCCAUCCCGAUUCAUCUACUACCCUAACCAUAACUUUACUAGUGGAGUUGGGGUUAUUAUAGCCUAUGUCCUUGGUGAUGAUGCCAAAUUCUUUCAAGCUCUUGAUUUCAAGGACUGUGCUGAUAUUGUCAUUAAUGACCUUUCAUUGAUUCAUCAGCUGCCCAAGAAAGAUAUCCAGGCAUUCUGUUAUCCCUCAAUGAUUAAAAAAUGGAGCCUGGAUAAGUAUGCUAUGGGUUCUAUAACCAGCUUCACUCCCUACCAGUUUCAACAAUUUAAUGAAGUGCUCAGGACACCUGUAGGCAGAAUCUUCUUUGCAGGGGAGCAUACGGCCCAGUUUCAUGGUUGGAUAGACGGCACAAUUAAGUCAGGGCUGACAGCAGCAAGAGAUGUGAAUCGUGCUUCUGAGAAUCCAUCAGGAAUCCACUUGAGCAAUGACAAUGAACUUUAAGGAGGUCAGCAAUAUUUCAGACUAAAAUUCCCAGAAUACCAAUUGGUAAUUCUAGGAGCUAUAGUCCGGGGAGGUUGGAGCCAGAAGGAAGUGGGGGAAGUAAGCUGGCUAAAUUAUCAAAAGUGAUCUAUAUCAGCCAAAACAUGUCAAAAUAUAGGAGAGCAUUUUAGAGGAAACAGAAAUAAACCACAGAAUGAAAAGGAUUAUUAGCAUGCCACCCCAAUUUGGAAAGGAAGUCCUCUCAAGACAAUCUAUAUAUACUACUAAAACUCUCUUUUCUGUAACAUUUUACUGGGCAAAACAGUGCAUCAUAGGGCAAGAAGUUUUGAACCAAAAUACCUCUAAUGGGCUACCUUACAAAAUGCAUCCAAACUCUAGAACCCAUGACUUUCCUGGAAUUAAAAUUUAGCAAUUUUUAUGAAAGGUUUUAUGACAUUUGUCUGAAAUGGUAUAGAGUUUCCUUCUUGAGCAAGAGGUUAGAUCAGAAGACCUCCAAGGUCCUUCUCAACUCUGUUAUUCUUACAAAAAAUAUAUCAUAAAACAGUUUAUGUUGUGUUAUGUUAUAUAUCAUAAAACAUUUCCUGGGCUGAUGUUUUACUGUGCUGUAUAGUUCGCCAUGGGCUAUUUUCAAGGCAGAAACAUCUUUGAACAUAUCCCAACUUUUCAGGGAAGGUAGCACAUUAUUUUUGCUCUGCCAUUGUUCAGGUGAUUGAGGAAUCUGGUAAAGAAUUAUCUCUGAAGUGAUGACCAGAAAGUCAUGGAUUGUCUAGUGUUGCAAUAAAGAUAGGAUCCUUCUGUUGCCCUUUCCAAAAAGUAAUGGAAAAGAAACAUGCAAUUGUUGUUAACGUGGCUUUGUGAGUUUAUUUUAAAGGGUCUCAUAUGUAUGACCAUAUUUCUUUGGGACGUCAAGCAUCUAGUGGUCCUAAGCUAUGAUUCUAUAUUUCCUAUAACCAUCAAAAAUUGUCAGUACUACAGUGUCACUGAUGGAGAAGAAAACACAUUAUGGCAUCAAGCAGGCCUGUAGACAACCUUAAUUUGUAAUUUAUCCAGUUUGCCACCCUCCUCUGACUAGUGUUCCGAAAAACCGGGGAUACAGAUAAUUAUAAUAAAAGCACAUAUUAUAAUU